AUGGCUGAAACGAAGGGACAUCGUGCUUCCAAGAAAUUCUGUUUUCUUCUCGGGAAAACGGCGGCCGAAAGAGCUGUCAUGCUUGAAACAACUUACAAAGACGCUGCCAUGAGCAAAACACAAGGUUGCGAAUGGCUUUCACAUUUUAGGAAUGGUCAAUUUUCACUUGAGGACCAACGUCGCUCAGGGCGACCGUCGACCUCCCGAACAAGUGAACACAUCACGAAAAUUCAUGAAUUGAUCUUUGAGGACCGUCACCGAAUAAUUGGCGAACUUGUUGAUAUGACUGGUAUGACCUCGAGCUCUUCCCAACGAAUUUUGUUGAUCGAAUUUUUUUUAUCAAAAACACGGAUGAUCAAAAACAGUUACGACUGUAUGCAUGUCAUGGACUGA